GUCUCAUAUGCACAGGAAUUCUGCAGGAAGCAUAUAAUAGUUGGGCAGCACUUGAUAAAAAAUACGCGUGACCCUCUGGUUUUAUGGACAUUAUCUGGAGAUAAAGUGGAAUGUCAUGGAUGGACGAGGCCAGCUGAGUACAUUUACUCAGAUUCUCCAAGCAACGUCUAUUCCAUCACUAACUUCAAUUUGCCAGCAGCUAAUGGUGUUAUACAUAUUGUUAACCCUAUAAGGAAAAUGGACACCACGGAUAACUCUGAUAAUGCUCAGAAAACAAUUGCAGAAAUUCUUGCUUCCAUGGAGAUUGCCAGCCGGUUUGAAACUAUGUUAGAAAAUUGUGGUCUUCCAUCAAUUUUGGAUGGCCCUGGACCUUUUACUGUGUUUGUCCCAAGUAAUGAAGCAGUGGAUAAAUUAAGAGAUGGAAGGCUAAUUUAUCUCUUCACAGAGGGCAUAAAUAAGCUUCAGGAACUGGUGAAACAUCAUAUCUAUCCCACAGCAGCGGUCUAUAUAGAAAGGCUAAUAAUUAUGCCACAUAUUCUGACCAUGGCAAACCAAUUGGUGACAGUUGACAUCAGUAACGAUGGAAGGAUCCUGUUGGAUAAUUCCAAGGUUGUGAUAAACAAAAGGGAUAUUUUGGCCUCAAAUGGUAUUAUUCAUACUUUGGAUGGUAUCUUGAUUCCUUCAUCAAUACUCCCAAUUCUGCCGAAGAAGUGUAAUGAAGUACAUUCUAAAGUUGUGGAGGGUUCUUGUGUGGAUUGUGCGCUUCUUAAUAGCAGCCUUUGUCCUCCUGGGAGCCAAAUUAGGGAAGACAAGGCUUUUUCAACAGAGUGCGUUUAUACCCAUGAUCCUCUUGGUUUGAAUAUUCUGAAGAAAGGCUGCCAGGCAUAUUGCACUCUGAAUGAAAUGAUACCUGGAUGCUGCAAAGGGUUUUUCGGUCAUUCCUGCACCCCAUGUCCUGGUGGAUAUAUCAAUCCAUGCUACGACAAAGGAAGUUGUAAUGACGGUAUACACGGAAACGGUCAAUGCAACUGCUACGAUGGCUUCAAAGGAAUUGCCUGUCACAUCUGCUCAAACCCAAACAAGCAUGGGGAGAACUGCACUGAAGAUUGUGGCUGCAUCCAUGGAAUUUGUGACAACAGACCGGGAAGCAAAGGUGUGUGCCAGGCAGGGACGUGUGCGGAUGGCUACACCGGGGAAUUCUGUGACAUACGCUCUCACAGUUGUGAAUCUACUGGUGCCACUCUGAAUUGCCAUGUCCAUGCAACCUGUACUGUGAAUGACACUGUGACCUGUGUCUGUCUUGAUGGAUAUGAAGGGGAUGGGCUUUCCUGCCAGCCCAUUGAUGCCUGUAGUAAGCCAGGAAGGGGAGGAUGUUCAGAAAAUGCUACAUGUACCAGUACGGGUCCUGGCACAGUCAGCUGUCAGUGUCUCCGAGGUUGGACUGGGGAUGGAAAAGCUUGUGCUGUGGUAGACAACUGUGUAACAGAGACCAGAGGAGGCUGUCACAUUGAUGCUGAUUGUAAUUACAUUGGCCCUGGACAGAGCAGCUGCACGUGCAAGAAAGGCUAUCAGGGUGAUGGUUACGUCUGUGAUAAAAUUAACCCUUGUUUGAUGGACAAUGGGGGCUGUCAUGCACUGGCUGUGUGCCAGAUUCUCAAUACUGGGGAAAAAGAUUGCCGUUGCCCUUCUGGAUAUAUGGGAGAUGGAAUUCAAUGCUACGGUGAUAUGAUGACGGAGCUGGCAACGAAUUACCACUCUUCAAGUUUUUAUCAUUUGAUGACGAAAUCCCUCUUCAGGAUGCCAAGUGGAGCCAAUUUGACUGUUCUGGUGCCAAUGAAAGAAGCUGUCUCUAAUUUCAGCAAGGGUAGAAAUUCAUUCUGGCUGGAGUCCACCAUGCUACCAUCUCUUAUCAGGUCUCAUAUCCUCCAGGGUUCCUUCACAAUUGAGCAACUCAAGACAUAUGUUGGCCAAGAACUCCCCACUCUCAAUCCAGACGUCAAGUGGGAAAUAAAGAGCAAUAAUAAGGAAAUAACUAUUCAGAAUGCCAGCAUUAUGUGGGACCUUCCUGUUAUUAACGGCAGUAUUUAUCUCAUCAAUAAGGUUCUGGUACCAAUAUUUGUCAAGCUCCCACCUGGUCUGCAGGAGCAGCUUAACUCUGUGCCCUCUUUCUGGAGGUUCAAAGAGCUAUUGGAGAGAUAUCAGUUGGUGAACAAAAUCGAGUCAUCAGCAAAAUAUACUAUUUUUGUCCCAGGGAAUAAUUCAAUUGAGAAAUAUUGCCAAGCAUCAAAUAUUACACAACUGGAUAACGACACCAUGCAGUAUCAUGUUGUAAUUGGGGAUAAGCUGUUUUUGAAAGACCUGAAGAAUGGAGUGCACAGAAGCACAAUGUUAGGAUUUUCCAAUUGGCUCAUGUUUUCUAACAGACUCAAUAAGACAUAUGUAAACAGAAUUCUUUUGGAUGGUCCAUUUGUUGAAACAAGAAAUGGAAUGUUGAUUGGGGUUUCUCAAGUUCUACCGAUUCACAAAAACCGUUGCAGUACUAAUACCACCACUAUACAAAAGUCAAGAUGUGCUAAAUGCAAUAAAAAGAUCAAGUGCCCAACAGGAUCAGUGCUUGCACAAAAUCCAGGCCAAGGGAACCUUCCUCACUGUGUAUUUAAAUCUGGAGGCAUGAAAUUAGUUGGAUGCUACUUUACCUGCAUCAAAGUUUCCCUAGUCUCUGUCUGCUGUCCAGGCUACUACGGUGUGAUGUGUGAGAUGUGUCCUGGGAAAGCAGGCAACUGGUGCUCCGGCAAUGGGGUGUGUCAAGAUGGCAUUGAAGGCAAUGGAGAUUGCCAGUGCCGAGAAGGUUUCCAUGGCACAGCCUGUGAAAUGUGUCAGGCCGGAAGAUAUGGACCCAAGUGCCAAUCAG